AGACUACAUCCAAAAAGAAAUCAAAAUACAAGACUUGAUCUUGAUGCGUUGAAUUUAGAGAUAGACACGAUAAAAAAAUGGAAGCUUUGGUAUGCAGAAAGCUCGGUGAUCCGACAGUCGCGCCGGAGGGGAGUGACGACUCCGCCCUGACCCUCUCAAAGGCCCACCCAAUCCCCCAACUGAAUUCGCCCACAUCGGUGCGAAUCCGAGUGAAAGCAACCAGCUUGAACUUCGCCAAUUACCUCCAAAUUCAGGGCAAGUACCAAGAGAAGCCGCCGCUGCCCUUCAUUCCUGGAUCCGAUUACUCCGGCACCGUCGAGGCCAUCGGAGAAGGCGUCUCUAAGUUCAAAGUCGGCGACCCCGUUUGCUCCCUUGCCGCCCUCGGAUCGUUCGCCCAAUUCGUCGUCGCCGAUGAAUCCGAGCUGUUUUUGGUGCCUAAAGGGUGUGACUUGGUUGGCGUUGGUGCGUUUCCGGUUGCGUAUGGUACAUCUCAUGUGGCACUUGUUCAUAGAGCACAACUAGGUGCCGGUCAGGUAUUGAUGGUUCUUGGUGCUGCUGGAGGAGUUGGUGUUUCUGCGGUACAAAUUGGCAAGAUCCGUGGUGCCACUGUUAUAGCCGUAGCUAGGGGGGUUGAGAAGGUGCGGUUCCUCAAAUCAUUGGGCGUUGAUCAUGUCGUUGACUUGAGCAACGAGGAUAUGACUCAAAGCGUGAAGGGGUUUCUCAAGGCUAGAAAGCUUAAAGGGGUGGAUGUUCUGUACGAUCCAGUGGGAGGGAUGCUCACGAAAGACUCGUUGAAGUUGCUUAACUGGGGAGCGCACAUCCUGAUCAUAGGGUUCGCAAGUGGAGAAGUGCCGAUAGUCCCAGGAAAUAUCGCACUUGUUAAGAACUGGACAGUUCAUGGACUGUACUGGGGGAGCCAUAGGAUACAUCGACCACGUAUUCUCGAAGACUCGCUCAAGGAACUGCUGUCUUGGCUAGCUGAUGGCUUACUGACUGUGAAAAUAUCCCAUACUUAUAGCCUCCCUCAGGCAAAUCUUGCUUUUGCUGCCCUCAAGAAUAGAGAAGCAAUCGGAAAGGUUUUGAUUGUGUUUGAUGAGGCCACCCCCAAGCUGUGAUGCCCAUAAAUGGACAAUGUUCGACCGCAGAGGCCCGGUGUGUGGUAAUAUUCGAAACGUGACGUUGCCUGCUGCGCGUCGAGGGAUAAAAGUAGACAUUACAGUUUGGGCUAUAGUUGGUGGCUCUGGAAAUAAGUCUUCUUCUUUGUUUGUGUUUAAACUGUUAGUUGAAACUACAGUAUGAUUGCUAGAUUGUUUCUGGGCAGAAAAUUAUCUUCAAGAAAUCAUAAUACUAUUACUACUUCA